UCAUGAUGGAAUUGGGGAAUCUUUUGCUUAUCCAAAGUUAAAAACAUUGCUUUCUUCCUUCCUACUUUUCUUUUGAAUAAGAGAUCAUAUUUUGUUGAACCAAGAGGGGAAAAAGGCUUAAGUUGGUUCGAUAGAGGAUCAGACAAGUCUAUAUAUGUAUCUCUUUCUUCUUUAAAGAAGAAUAGAUUGUUUCAAAGUUCUUAAGAAAGGUAGAGCAAAUGAAGGGAAAGUGGGGCAGCUGAAGGAAGUGGCUAAUAAUCCUAUUGUGCUCAAGUGGGAGAGUCUCGCUAAAGGUACGUACCUAAUUGAGGAGGGCAUUUAAAGCUGUCUGCAGCACAAAGAAAGCAGAGUGCAGGAAAGGAAAGCCAUGGAUAUGGCUGGAAAACUUCUGCAACAACUGCUACUCGGGGUCAUAAUUUUAGCAGCCACAGCAGUAUCUAUUGCAAACUCAACCUGCGACCGCGAGUGUGGAAAUAUUAAAAUCCCCUACCCAUUUGGAACAAGCGAGGGCUGUUACCUUGACAAACCUUUUCUCAUCACUUGUAACCACACGUUCGAUCCUCCAAAACCAUUUCUGGACCAUGAUAUUCCUGUUGAGAACAUAUCAGUACCGAAUGGUGAACUGCGAGUCUCAAACCCCGUAGCCCACCUUUGCAGAGAAUUUAAUAAAGCACAUCAAUCACCUUGCGGCAAACCCCAAGAUCCAGUAAAUUUCAAUUGCAUCUCGCGCGUGGACUACACGCGCAUCUCUGCCUUGCUUAAUUUGUCAAGUUUUCGCAUCUCAGAGACGAGGAACAAGAUCACUUCUGUUGGUUGUAAUGUUUAUACAUAUAUUCAAGGUUCAGAGGGACAGAAGGGCUUCACCACUGGAUGCUUAUCACUUUGUGACGAAAAUCUCAACGUGGUUAGCGGGUCUUGCUCUGGCAUUGGCUGCUGCCAGACUUCUAUCCCAGAAGGAGCAAUGGGGUAUAUUUUGAAUGUUGGGAGCUUGAACAACGACACCUUACCUGGUGGCAAAGAAUUCGGAGGUCAAUCAUGUGGUUACGGCUUUAUAGUGGAUGAACAAGCAUACAACUUCUCCUCCUUAGAUUUCGUAAACUUAAAGAAUAGGAGUUCUGUACCCCUGGUGCUUGAUUGGGCAAUUGGAAAUAAGACAUGCAAAGAUGCUAAGAAAAAUAAGGAAAGCUAUGCAUGUAAGGCAAAUCAUAGUUAUUGUUACAAUUCCACCAGCAGCCCUGGUUAUCGUUGCAAUUGCUCGGAGGGUUAUCAAGGGAACCCAUACUUCUCCGAUGGGCCUGAGAGUUGCCAAGAUAUUGAUGAGUGCAUGGGCCUUCGGAAGCCUUGCAAUGCUAAUGCAACAUGCACCAACACUGAUGGAAAUUACACAUGUACUUGUCCCAAGGGAUACGAAGGUGAUGGAAGGAAAGACGGAACAGAUUGCAGGCCUAUAGUACUUGGCCAAUCUAAUAAUAAGAUCAUCAGCAUUGCAUUGGGUGUCAGCAUAAGCCUCUUAGUGCUCCUUGUGGGAACCUCCUGGGUAUAUUGGGGACUCAAGAAAAGAAAACUCGUUAAACUCAAAGAGCAGUGGUUCAAGCAAAAUGGUGGCUUAAUGUUACAACAACGACUCCACAAUUGCACGGGAUCUAUGGAUACAGCAAAAAUCUAUAGUGUAGAAGAACUUAAAAAGGCAACGGAUAAUUACGACAAAAGUAAAAUCCUUGGUCAAGGAGGCUAUGGAACUGUUUACAAAGGAGUGUUGCCAAAUAACAAAGUGGUUGCUAUUAAAAAGUCCAAAAUUAGUGAUCAAAGUCAGAUAGAGCAAUUCAUAAACGAGGUAAUUGUGCUUACUCAAAUCAACCACCAGAAUGUUGUCAAAUUGUUAGGUUGUUGCUUGGAAACAGAAAUUCCCUUACUAGUCUAUGAGUUCAUCAGUAAUGGGACACUUUAUGACUAUAUUCAUGAUACAAGCCGAUCAUUCUUACUCUCAUGGGACAAGCGUCUGAAGAUAGCUACAGAAACUGCAGGAGCUCUUGCAUACUUACAUUGUGAAGCUUCUAUGCCAAUUAUACAUAGAGACGUGAAAACUGCAAAUAUACUUUUGGAUGAUAACCACACAGCAAAAGUAUCAGACUUUGGAGCUUCAAGACUCAUUCCUUUGGAUCAAGCACAUUUAACUACGUUGGUGCAAGGAACACAUGGGUACUUGGAUCCAGAAUACUAUCGUACUAGUCAUCUAACAGAAAAAAGUGAUGUCUAUAGUUUUGGUGUUGUUUUAGCAGAGUUAUUAACAGGUAAGAAAGUAAUUUGUUUCCUUAGGCCUGAAAGUGAGAGAAAUUUGGCGACAUACUUUGUUUCUAUGGUAGAACAGGAUCGCCUAUUGGAAAUUCUUGAUGAUCACAUCUACGAUGGGAGUAAUGCUGAAGAACUAAAAAAAGUUGCUGAUGUUGUAAAAAGAAGCCUUAGUGUUAAAGGAGACGAUAGGCCUACCAUGAAGGAAGUGGCAGUGGAACUAGAUGGAUUGAGAAUUAAGGAAAGGUAAUCAAGGAAAAAAGCUAAUCACAACAUAGAAGAGAGUGAGCAACUGCUUAGUUAGUACGUCCAUGCAAUCCUCAAGUAUUGAUGUUAGCACUGGCUAUUGUUCGGCAGGCACCAUUGACAGCAUGGGAAAUGAAACACUAAAACCAAUAGAUGAUGGCAGAUAAUCCAUAAUCCUUAGGGGUUAACACAUGCUCAAUCUUUGACUGUCAGGAUGAUCUAAUAUUGCUACUAUCCAUUGCAUACACUUAUUUCUCUGCCCCUCACUCCCCACCAUGUUUUCUUACUCUCACCGCCAAUAAGCUGCGAGCAUCUUCCUUCAAAUCUCUAUUUCUUUCUCUUUCCAAAUCCUUCCAGCUUUUCUAGAUCAUCUUUUUUGUGCUGUCAUUGCCUACAACAAUUAGUAGGUGCUUUCUAUCGUAAGCUGGCCUAGCUCCAUUGCUUGGAUUGGAUUCAAAUAUGCCCAUCGACUAAAUGGAGAUUUUGGUCUCGAUCCUUGCAAGUUAGGAUGUUAACAGAUCAUUCUGUAGGCUAAAGUAUUGUUAACUCGUGUGCUUUGCUAUAUUGCGUGCUUUUGUAUUGGUGUGCUUUUGUAUCAGUGAGCAAUUCGAUCAUGUAUCUAAUUAGUUGUGUGCUUUUUGAGUAUUCGUGUAAAUGUAUGUCAUAAGUUUUUAUUCGUGAAUUAUUUUUUGGUAAA